UCAUGGGGCCCCCGGGCAAUAGGGGAUCAUGGGGCCCCUGUGUCCUUGCCCAAACUCAAAAAAGCAUAUGAAAAAGGUACCAGGGGCAUCUCAUGGGGCCCCCUACUGACCCCGGGCCCUCGGGCAGUGCCCGAGAUUCCAAAUGGUCAGUCCGCCUCUGGUGGAGGGCCAUUCAUCACUUGGAAAACAAGAUGGCUGUCAAGAAUAACACUUUCAAUGUCAAAGCCCAUAUAGAACAAGAGUGCAAAUGUACAUUCCCUUGAUGCCCACAAAACCAGUGGAAGAUCCCAACACACUGA